ACGGGCCCCCUCCCUUUUUGCGCUCUGUUUGGGGAUAGCAGCAGAGGCGGGGACGGAGAGUUGCAGGCAGCAGGGAAGAAGCUGCGAAGGAACCCCAAGGGAAUGUGAAAGUCAAGGCCCGAAACCCCCCCCACGAUAAAGACUUUACAUACUGCCGCGUUUCUCAUGGAAGCGGAUGGAUUUGUGAGGAAGCGUCGGAUGACAGCGGAGUCUGCAGGCAAUGACGCCGGGGUUGCAGGAGCCUCCGCUGGGGCAGAAGUACGAUGGCUGGGGGGCAGAUUCUGGGGAGUUUCGGAAAGUAUCGUGAGCAGCCUGACGCCGCGCAUCGGAGGGGAACCGCAGCUGCAAAGCGUGGACGUAGUCUGCGCGGCUCCAGACGCGCAAGCGGAGGACUCAGAACCUGACUAUGAAAGUCUGCCACAGGGAGCGUCUACUAGCACCCACAUGUUGGCUGGAGCCGUGGCCGGGAUCAUGGAGCACUGCCUCAUGUUCCCCAUCGACUGCGUGAAGACGAGAAUGCAGAGUCUUCAGCCUGACCCCGCGGCCCGCUACAAGAAUGUGAUAGACGCUCUUCGCCGGAUCGUAGCCGCCGAGGGAGUCUGGCGACCGCUGAGGGGCCUGAAUGCGACGGCCAUCGGCGCCGGGCCCGCUCACGCUCUGUAUUUUGCCAGCUAUGAGAAACUGAAAAAGACUCUAAGCGAUACCAUUCAUCCAGGCGCUAACAGUCAUUUGGCUAAUGGAGCAGCAGGAUGCGUUGCCACAUUGCUUCACGAUGCAGCCAUGAACCCGGCUGAAGUUGUGAAGCAGCGCAUGCAGAUGUACAAGUCGCCCUACCGGGGCGUGCUGGACUGUGUUCGCGCCGUGUGGCAAAGAGAGGGUCCCGGUGCCUUUUACCGCAGCUACCCCACCCAGCUCACCAUGAACGUGCCCUUCCAGGUGCUCCACUUCAUGACCUACGAGUACCUGCAGGAGCUGCUCAACCCCCACAGACAGUACAACCCCUCCUCCCACAUGCUGUCCGGGGGCCUGGCCGGGGCCAUCGCAGCGGCGACCACCACGCCCCUGGACGUCUGCAAGACCCUGCUCAACACCCAGGAGUCGCAAGCCCUCAGCUCCUCCGGCCAGAGCCAAGGAGCCCACAGACGCAUCUCAGGCCUGGUCCACGCCUUCAGGACGGUUUACAGGCUGGGCGGCCUGCAGGGCUUCUUCAAGGGAGUCCAAGCGAGGGUCAUCUACCAGAUGCCCUCCACGGCCAUCAGCUGGUCGGUGUACGAGUUCUUCAAAUACGGACUUACCAAGCACCAGCACGAGAAUAUGAGAAUCCAACAUAUCAAGGCCGAGGUGUAGAUUCCUCCUGGGUUUGAUCGCCUCUCGUAUAGAUCCUGGCCCUCGCUGUGGCCACAUGCGCACAUAGAACCAGACUAAAUACGCCUCAGUUGUCCCAACCUUCGCAGACAGGGCAGAUAAGAAAGACACCUUCAUAGCCGUUUUUAGUAGUUUUGGAUCUGCUAAUCAUUUCAGUCGUAGGAGACGAUAUUUUCGCAGUAUUAUAAAGCUUCUUUAUAUUUACAUAAUCUGUGUUCAAGCAGAAGACUCACCGAGAAGUGGACAGGCAG